AUGCGCUUGGCGGGAUUAUCUGGUGGGGCCUGCGCGGUUGCAGUGGCAGCCCAAGGAGGAUGGGGAUAUGUCUUUGAUGAGAAAUUCAGUUUGGCAAAAUUGGGAAGAUCGCGCAAUGAUCUUGUGGACCGUGGGCCUCGAAUAUUAGGACAGCAGAGGAUAGAUGCUGUUGUCGCGGAGAAGGCAACUACGCAGGUCGUUUCAGAAGUCACAGAAACUAGGAGGAUAAUCGAGACAACAGUCAAUGAAUCUCAUCCCCGAAUCACGGAGGCACCUAUUUUCAGGCGGAAGGUCGGAUGGGAUCUGAUUCAUGAUGGGAUUCAAGUGCAAAAGCGAGAUGCAACAUCGUGUCCAGUAGAUUAUCAGUUGUGUCCACAAUCAUUGGGUGGAGGAUGUUGUCCGAACGAUCGAGCCUGUGGGACAAGUAGCUGUUAUGCUAAGAGUGCUGCUCCAGCCUCAGCAUGUGGUCAAGCCGGGUACAUUGCAUGUGGGGUGGACCAGGGAGGUGGCUGUUGUCCUUCAGACUAUUCCUGCGCUAUGAGUGGAUGUAUGCCAUUAACAAGCGUUUCUUACACCCAAACCUGCGAAGCCAACUCCUAUCUUUGUCCGGCCUCUCUUAAUUAUGGCUGUUGUAAAAUUGGAAUGGCAUGUGGGCUCAAUAACUGCUAUUCAACGGCUGUGGAAACUUACACCCUUGUGGAAACAUUCACGACCACCAGUUCAGGCCAGGUUGAGAUAAUUACUUCUACAACCGUGGGUGAAACAACCCCUCCAACGCCAUCUGCUGCAGCUACAACACCAAACAACGUGGUCCCCAAAGUUACAUUUACUCCUACGGCGAUUGCCAAAACAGCUCCAAGCAGUCCUUCAACAAGUGGAUUGACAACCCCUCAAUUGGAUGGGAUAAUCGCAGGUGCUGUGAUUAUUCUCGUUAUAUUGUUAAUCGUGGCAUUCAUCAUUAUCAGACGGCUGAAUAAGGUCAACAAGGCUGUCAAAGCCAGGUCCCGAACAUCUUCCAGCAGCCCACAUUCCUGGAAUUCGCGUCGGAGACUAAGGGAGACGCCAGACAUGGAAACUAUGUCUAUUGAUCCUCUAAUCAUGACGCCUUCGGAAUUCUCUCGGAGCGUCUACCAACCAUCGCAACCAUCCGCUAUACACAGCACAGCAUAUGAAGUGGAAGAUUGUCCCCGACCCCCUUUCGAUAGUCCACAUCUGCCCCGCUCACCACCACAUGGUUAUCACCCAGGAGGCUACGUACCUAUUGCUAGCUCAGAUUCCCUUGGUUCAGGUUACAAGAACCAGUCAUUUAGCCCGACGCCUGGGAAUCCUCAGAACCCCAACGACUCCUUCGAUAUCCCUCCCCAUCGAGACCUCCGAGAUCAAAACCUAUGGUUCGGGCAUUCCGCCCCACGUUCUCCCUUUGAGAUCGGUAGGAGGCCGAGUCAGCAUGAAAGACAAUGGAGCGGUAGUAGUAGCCAGAGUCAAGAUUCAAGUGGUAUGUCCGAGCUGGACGCUGGUGGUUACGGGAGGGACGGUGUCAGAAGAUUGAGUCUACAGCGAGCAUUACACGUAUUCGGAAUGGGAAGAGCCCUAAGCAUGAGGAGAAAACCUGAGAUUCCAAGGACGAGCGAUCCUCCGCGCCAACCAAUUCCUCUGGCAGGUUGGAAUAAAGACCUGGGACAUAUAGCCGAGGUUGCUGAGAGCCGGCCUGAGCUUGAUCAUGGGUCGACGGAUAUGGAAUCAAGAGGACCCAAUUCGGUGGAGCGAUAG